AUGUCCGGCCCCAACGCCCUCGCUGAUCUCCCCGUCCUCCGAGAUCCCAUCGAGCCGGCCUACGCUGAUGAGAAGAAGCCCGCCCAUGAUAACGACGUUGUCGAUAGCGUCGCACACAAGGCGGAGACGGGGUCGUCGUACGGCAAGGAGUCUUCCCUCGAGGACCUCUCCGAUCGCGAAGGCGCCCUCUUCGUCAACGGGGAGCCCGUCAUCCGCAACGGAGAGGAUGUGUCGAACUUCUUGUUUGACGUGAGGGACGACGGAGAUCCAGCGUUGACCUUCCGAUCGCUCUUCCUCGGUACUUUGUUUGCUGGCUUGGGCGCCGCGAUGUGCCAGAUAUAUAUCUUCAAGCCAUUACAAGUGGUCGUGUCAACUGUGUUCCUCCUUCUGCUGAUCUACUCCGUCGGCAGCGUGUGGGCGACAUUCCUCCCACGGGCGUCAUGGGUAGAGAACACUCGGUUCGCCCGGCUAGCACCCGUCCUGGACUUCAUCAACCCCGGGGAGUUCCGGCUUAAGGAGCAUGUUAUAGCAUCCCUGGUGGCGUCGACGGCUGCUUACGGAAGUACCGCAGUCAAUAAUUUUGCCGUACAAAAGCUUUAUUAUGACACGAACGUCCAUGCCACCACUGCCAUUCUGGCAACAUUCUCCACUGCAUGCUUCGGCUACGGUAUUGUAGGACUUUUGCGUCCGCUUACUGUGUAUCCAAGUGAGAUGGUGUACUGGGCGAAUCUGCCGACGGUAUCUAUCUUUCAAGCGCUGCACUUUGGGACCGAGGGCAACAAGAAACGAGUGAAGCUCUUCUGGAUGGCUUUCACCGGCAUGUUCUGCUACGAGAUCUUCCCGUCCUACAUCUUCCCCCUCCUCAACGGUUUCAGCAUCGUCUGCUUGUCGACGCAGCACGCACCUGCCAAUGUUCAGAAUAUCAUUACGAAUCUAUUUGGAGGCGCGGACGCUAACGAGGGCCUGGGCUUCUUGUCGUUCGGAUUCGACUGGCAAUACAUUACUUCCACGUCUAUGAGCUACCCCAUCGUCCAGCAAGCUAACUCUUGGUUCGGCAUCGUUAUCUGCUACAUCGCAAUCAUGGGCAUCUACUACUCAAAUAUCUGGAAUUCCCUUACCUUCCCUAUGCUCUCCACCUCGCUCUUCGCCCAGAACGGAACCCUGUACCCGCAGUCGGUCGUCUUCGGCGACAACUUCACGCUCAACCAGACUGCGCUCAAUGAGGUCGGGCUACCUGCUCUCACUGGUUCGACCGCAUGGGCGAACCUCUGCGCCAACCUCGCGAUCGGCGGCCUGAUUGCGCACUGCUGCCUCUUCUGGGGCCCGUACGUCGUCGAGUCGUUCAAGCAGGCCCGCAAGGGCACCCAGCCUGAUCGUCACUGGCAGGCUAUGCAGAAGUACGACGAGGCGCCGUGGUAUUGGUACGCCGCCCUUCUGGCGUUAGCCUUCUUUGCAGGAUUGAUUGUCGUCCUCAAGGGCGAGACGACUCUACCGUGGUACUCGUACAUUGUCGCUCUGCUGCUCGGAGGCCUCAUCACGCCGUUCUCCACGCUCCUGUACGCCCGCCUGGGCAACGGCAUCGCGACACAACAGCUGAUGAAGAUGGUCGCCGGCGCGAUCAACCCGGGGAAGCCCGUCGCGAACCUCUACUUCUCGAUGUGGAGCCAUGACGUCGUCUCGACGUCCAUCAACCUCGCGGGCGACCUCAAGAUCGGCCAGUACCUCAAGAUCCCGCCGCGCACGAUGUUCCUAACCCAGGUCUGGGGCACGAUCCUCGGCGCGAUCGUCAACUACGUCGUCAUGGUGUCAAUCGUCGACGCGCAGCGAGAGAUCCUUCUGGACCCGAUCGGCACACAGGUCUGGUCUGGUCAAUAUGUGCAGAGCUUGAAUAGCGCAGCUGUGACAUGGUCCAUGGCAAAGCAGUUGUACUCCCCGAGUGGCCCCUACUUCAUCGUUCCCAUGGGACUGGUAAUAGGCAUCGGGCCGACCGUGCUUCAGUGGUUCAUCGGCAAGCGCUGGCCCAAGAUCGGGCCACUGAAGGUGAACGACAUCCUGCUGCCGAUCAUCUACUCGUACAUGCAGUACAUGAGCUCGGGCACGACGUCGCCGGUCCUCACGACGAUCAUUGUCGGGGCGCUCUCGCAGGUGUGGCUGCGCCGAUACCACCCGGGGUGGUACAAAAAGUACAACUACAUCCUGGGCGGGGCGCUUGACGGCGGCGCGCAGGUGAUGAUCUUUAUCCUCUCGUUCGCCGUCUUCGGCGCGUCGGGCAAGAACCGGCCCUUCCCGGCGUGGGCGGGCAACCCGGCCAAGGGUAAUGUAGAUUAUUGCAACGGGAACGGCGCGCUAGACUGAACCUGUAGUUAUAAGGAAAUAAAAUAGCACAAUUUCUCG